AUGGAUAAGUGGCUAAAUGUAGACAGAGGAGGUAAAAAUACUGGUGACAAUGCAACAGAGUCUUUGCUACCAGGUUGUAGCACAUUGAAAGUGACCAGAAAACGAAAAUAUGAUGAAUUAUUUUUGCAAUAUGGAUUUACUUCUAAUGAUCAUGAUGGUGUAGGAAAACCUCUUUGCCUAAUUUGUAAGGAGGUUUUGGCUGCGGAGAGCAUGAAACCAGCCAAACUAAAAAGACAGCUUAAUACCAAGCAUGCAGCGUACUGCAAUAAACCAAAGGAAUAUUUUGAACGCCUUUUAAAAUUUUCAAAUAAAGAAAAAAAAUCUUUUGAGACAUUUGUUACUGUCAACGAAAAGUAUUUACUUGCAUCUUACGAAACUUCUUAUUUAAUCGCAAAAACUAAAAAGCCCUACACGAUAGGAGAAGAUCUCGUGUUACCUGCUGCUAUUAAAAUAUCAGAAAUAGUUCAUGGGAAAAAGUAUGGGGGUGAAAUUCGUAAAAUUCCUUUAUCGAAUGAUACUGUUUCCAAAAGAAUUUCUGAAAUUAGUAAUGACCAAUUCCAGCAGCUUAUUACCAGGCUUAAGGACAGCCAAAAGUUUGCAAUUCAGUUAGAUGAAACAACUGAUAUUUCUAACAUGGCACAUUUGUUACUUUAUGUAAGAUAUGUUUAUGAAGGAAGCAUACAUGAGGAAUUAUUGUUUUGUCGCCGUUUGGAAGGGCACACAAGAGGGGAAGAUAUAUAUCUUAAAGUAGAUGAAUGUUUCAAAAAAGAAGAGCUACAGUGGAAAAACUGUGUUGGAGUCUGUACAGACGGCGCUGGAGCAGAUGGGCAGAAAUGUUGGAUUUUAGCAAAAGUUAAAGCUGGUGGCAAUGAACAUAUCCCUUUUACUCACUGCAUGAUCAAUCGGGAGGCACUCGUAGCCAAAAAAAUAUCACUGGAGUUAGAUGUUGUGAGUCGCGAUAGUAUCAAAAUCAUUAACUUCAUUAAAAGCCAUGCCCUUAACAGUCGUUUGUUUUCAAACCUUUGCAAAGACAUGGGCUCCGAUUACAAAAGCUUAUUACUACAUGCAGAGGUAAGGUGGCUCUCAAGAGGGCGAAGUCUAAACAGAUUAUUGAAAUUGAAAGAUGAAGUUGUUAUAGUUUUGACUGAGCAGAAAUCCGAUUUUGUUAAUUUUUUUCAUAAUGACUUAUGGCUUUCAAAACUGUGUUAUUUGUCUGAUAUUUUUGAAAAACUCAAUGAUUUAAACAUGUCGCUUCAAGGAAGAAAUUGUAACAUAUUUGUGUUAAAAGAUAAAGUUGAAAGUUUUACUAAAAAAAAAGUUAACAUAUGGAAGAAUAAGGUGGCAAAUGGAUCUUUAGAAAUAUUUACAGCUACAGAUGAUUUUAUAAUUGAAAAUAACCUUCCCAAAGAUUUAAUUGUAAGAGUUAUAAUUGAUCAUCUGAAGUGCCUGGAGACACAGUUUCAGAAAUACUUCUCUUCCAAUUUUGAUUCACAAAAACAAAGUUGGGUUCAAAAACCAAACUCGAAAACAUCAGUCAUCUGCCAUUAA